AUGGAUCUUCAACAUGCCAAACUAACAAGGUCCGAAUGGACGGCGCUGCAAGCAUAUCUCGACUCCCGCGAACCGGUUCUGAUAGAUGGGCAUUCCUUGACCAUUCCUGGUGUGAUAGCCGUUUGCAUGUAUGGAGCCAAGGCGGCUUUGACAGAAGACCAGAGGAUCCUAGAUCAGGUGCAACAAAGCGUCGAUUUUCUCGACCAGGAGCUGAAACGCGGCCGCACCGUCUAUGGCGUCAAUACAGGCUUUGGCGGCAGUGCAGAUACUCGCACGACGAGUUUGGAGGGUCUCCAGAUAGCAUUGCAGCAACAUCUGAACGUCGGCAUCUUGCUUCCGUCUGACAAGGGACUUCCGUCGCUCACCACUCCGCAAGCACAAGGACUCCGGGGCCACGCUUUGCCCGUCCCGAUUGUCAAGGCCAUGAUGCUCAUUCGAUGCAACUCCCUUAUGCGCGGCCAUUCAGGGGUUCGGGUCAGCAUUGUUAAGUCCAUCCUGACUCUGCUGGAGAAGAACAUGACGCCAGUUGUGCCGCUCCGUGGAAGCAUAUCGGCCUCGGGCGAUCUUUCGUCGCUAUCGUAUAUUGCUGGCAUGCUUGAGGGGAAUCCCGACGUAUACGUGCGAACGGGCGAUGACAGCAAUCCAACCUACCUGCCAGCGGACAAAGCUCUGGAACAGGCUGGACUGCAGCCCAUCCGUCUGCAGGCGAAGGAAGGACUCGGGAUCACGAACGGUACGGCCGCAAGCUGUGCGGCAGCCUGUAUUGCCACCCAUCAGGCCCAGCAGAUCGCUGUGCUCUGCCAAUUGCUCACUGCGAUGGGCACCGAAGCUCUGUUGGGCACGGCUCAUAAUUAUCACCCCUUCAUCUCCGCAGCUCGCCCUCAUCCGGGCCAGACGGAGGCUGCCGCCAACAUCGGCGCGUUUCUUUCGGGAUCAAAGCUUGCUCCUGACAAAGAUCCCCAGACGAUCGGCCUGGCCCAAGAUCGGUAUCCUCUCCGGACAGCGCCGCAGUGGAUCGGGCCACAGCUCGAGGACCUCUGCCUGGCGCAUCGACAGAUCGCUGCCGAAGUGAACUCGACGACCGACAAUCCACUGAUUGACGCGACAAACAACAGCAUCCACCAUGGCGGUAAUUUCCAGGCCGCAUGCGUGACAUCUGCCAUGGAAAAGACGAUGACAGCGAUGCAGAUGUUUGGGAAGCUGUUGUACGCGCAGUGCUCAGAGCUGAUCAACAACAUGCUCAACAAAGGACUGCCUCCAAACCUGAGUGCCGAUGACCCGAGCCUGUCCUUUACCUUCAAAGGCUUCGACGUCAACAUGGCGGCGUACAUGUCGGAGCUCGCGUACCUUGCUCGUCCGGUCAGUUCACAUGUGCAAGUCGCAGAAAUGAACAAUCAGUCGGUGAACUCGUUGGCUCUGGUGGCCGCGCGGUACACACUCGAAGCGAUCGAAGUGGUGUCUCUGAUGGCAGCGACCUACAUCUACGCUCUCUGUCAGGCCCUCGAUCUCCGUUGUCUUCACUUGGAAUUCGUCAAGGCAGCCGAGCCAGCCGUCCGAGGAAUUGUCCACGAACUCUUCUCGCCGAUUGUGUCGGCGAAAAACUCGGACGCGCUCGCAGCGGAGUCGUGGAAAACCCUGCUCGAGAAAUGGACGCGUUUAUCACACCUCGAUCUCAAAGAUCGCGGGGCACUCGCCGCGAAAGAAUCACUAGGACCGUUUCUGGAGCAUUUGACGUUCUAUCGCUCUGGCGAUACUACCAACACCUCCUCGUCCCCUGACAUCCUGACCAUCAUCGAAAAAUACCAGAAAAGAGCCGGAGAAACGCUGAGUGACGUGUACAACCGCACCCGAGAAAGCUUCUUCCGACACCAGACGACACCGUCCUACCUCAGCUCGGCAACGAAGAUCCUCUACGAGUUUGUCAGGAAAGACCUGAAUGUGCCGAUGCAUCGGGGCCUUGUGGACCAUCCCACCCUUGCGACGGCGGGAGAAGAAGGGAACGGUGGCAAUCGCAAGAUCCUGGGGACAUAUGCCAGCGAGAUCUAUCUGGCCGUGAGGAAUGGCCAGUUACAUGGGCGAGUGAUGGAUGCUCUGAGACAGGAUGUGUUCAGAAGAAGAAAGUGUCAUUUCACACAAGAGCUUUUUUUUUUCAAGUCUGGAGAUUUCAGCUAUACAUGUACACGAUAUGAUAUAUCAGGAUCGACUCCGCAGCUGACGCUGACGAACGUCGAGGUGUCAGUAAUUGAUUCAAUUCAAUCCAAUCCAAUCCAAUUCCAUCUCGAUCAAACACAAGUCAAUAAUCGAGUCUCAAUUGGAGGAAAGAGAGAAAGGGAGAAAAAAAGGGACAACGAAUGGAAGUGCUUCGAUAGCGGGUCUCCUCCAUUCCUCCUACUGUGUACUCAUCCCAUCCACGACGACGACGACGACGACGCCAUGACCACUUCCACUACAACCAAAACUACGACACCCUUCACAGCCACGCGAUGGAUCAUCCUCGCCGUCGCGAGCGGGACGUUUGCGGCUUUGAAUGGAUUGUUUGCGAAGUUAACAACAACCGAAUCAACUGGUUCCGUGGCGCGCGGGAUCGCGCACUUCUUGCAUCUCCCUGAUGGGUUGGUGGAGGUUGUUGUGCGGGGGAUCUGCUUCGCCCUCAACCUCCUCAGCAACUUCACCAUGUGGGCCCUGUUCACCCGCGCCCUGACGGCCGCGCCCUCGACAACCAAGGUCUCCAUCACCAACACCUCGGCCAACUUCCUCGUCACGGCCAUUCUGGGGAUGAUUGUCUUUGGCGAACCCGUGCGGGGGUUGUGGUGGUUGGGCGCUGCGAUGAUGGCGGCGGGUUGUAUUCUUGUCGGGAUGAGGGAGAACCAAACGGAUAAGCAUACCAACAGCAGCAGCAGCAGGGAAGGAGGAGAAGGACAAGCUGAGGGGGAGACGAUAACGUUGGAUGGGGAUGAUCAUGAUGAGGAAGAGGAGGCAGCGGAAGAUGACGCCCUGCUGGGUAGACGGCAGGGCAGAAGCGCAACGAAGAGUGGCUCAAGUUGA